UGUCCCACAGACUUCAUUCAACUUUACAACUCGAGCUGAGCUGAUCUUGCUCCUGAAAUCUUCAAUUCUUCAGAUCUAAGUGACUCGACGAGACCUCAUCAUGGUGUCAAUGGGACGGCAGAUGCUGGGCUUCGUCCUGGCCAUCAUCGGUUUCUUGGGGACCAUCAUCGUGUGCGCCCUGCCGAUGUGGAGGGUCACAGCCUUCAUCGGAGCCAACAUCGUGACGGCGCAGGUCAUCUGGGAAGGCUUAUGGAUGAACUGUGUGACGCAGAGCACAGGCCAGAUGCAGUGCAAGAUCUACGAUUCCCUGCUGGCCCUGCCACAGGACCUCCAGGCUGCCAGAGCCCUCGUGGUCGUCGCCAUCAUCGUUGCCGUCUUCGGCGUCAUUCUGGGCAUCGCAGGAGGCAAGUGCACCAACUUCGUGGAGAACGAGCACUCCAAAGCCAGGGUGGCCAUCGCUUCCGGAGUCAUCUUCAUUUGUGCCGGCGUCCUCAUCCUGAUCCCCGUCUGCUGGUCUGCCCACACCAUCAUCAGGGACUUCUACAGCCCCAUCCUGACCAACCCGCAGAGGAGAGAGCUGGGGGCCGCGCUUUACAUCGGCUGGGGCACUGCUGCACUUCUCCUCCUGGGUGGAGCUCUCCUCUGCAGCUCCUGCCCAUCCAAAGAUGGCCCAGAAUAUCCAGUCAAGUACUCCGGUGCCAGGUCCACAGCCACCAGCCGAGCCUACGUCUGAGAGGCCCGCUCUCCUGAAAAAGACUGCAAAUGAUUUUACUUUUUUUUUGUUUUUUUGAGUGAAUCCUCCUCAUUGUGAGUUUCUGAUAGCCCCAUAACCUGUGUCUCGACACAGAGUGAGGACACUUGUCUGAGAAAUUCCCGAUUUCUCUGGAAGCGAGCGAGUGUUUGUGGUGGCAGAAGGACGUGGUGUGAAACUACAGCACGUCACAAUGAAUGGACCGAGUUAUUCCAUUUUAAGCUUGUAUCAAACCGAAUGUUGGAAUGUAUUGAAGAAAACUUGUACAGUACACUGAUGCAUUGUGAAUAUAUAUAUAUAUAUGAUUGAAUAGUUAUACCAUAAGGCUGCUUUUGUUCACUGAAGUCUCUGAUUUUAAUAAAGAUAUUUCAUA